AUGGUAUAUCAAUUAAUACAAUCAACAUUUAAAAAGAAAAAGAAAGCAGUAAUAUUACCACAUUUGGUAGAGAAUGAAAUCAUAAGGAUAUUGAUGAAUGAUAGAUGGUUGCUUCCAUUUAGGUGGCGUAUUUCAUUGUCGUUGGUGUGUUGGCGAUGGUUUAAACAAGUGUCUAUACAAUUACAACACAUGUCGAUUGUCGGAACACGAAGACACUACCGUUCACUACUCAAUCAUAUCAAUCAGCCAACCUGCUUGAUUCGUUCACACAAUAUCACAUCGGUACACUUUAACGAUGAUGGCAUCGAGUUGGGUGAAUUUGGAGGAUACCUUCCUUGUCUUUUAAACGAUCAAGAUUAUGAUUCAAGUGAAGAGGAAUUGGAAUUGGAUGUAUUUGGUGUAUUGGUUGGCGGUGAUCAUUUUAAUGAUGACUAUCAACAACAUCAACAACAUCAAUUUCAACACCAAUUGACAGUUAGCGAGAAAAGAUCAAAGAGAUUAGCAAAACAUCCACUGAGAUAUGUACAUGAAAGACAUGCACAGCUACUUAGAGCUCUUUAUUUCCCACACGAUCAUUUGGUAUCGUUAGAGUUGGUUUGGACAAAUAGUGGAUUAUUGGCACCUCUACUCAAAGGUCUCUCCUUUCCAGCACUCAAACAUUUUAAAUUCACGUACAACAAAUACCCACCUUUACACAACUUUAAUCCUUGUGAAUUGUUAUCCAACUCUCCCUACCUCGAAUCACUUCAUUUACAUUUACUCUCAUUUGAUCAUCUUGCAGAACUAUCAACUAUUGUUAAAAAGCAGAUCAAUAUCUUUCGUAAACUAUCUAUUGUCACCCAUCAACCCAACGCCAAUCAUUCAUCACAUCAAAUAUGUUGGAAUCUAAUUGAUAUAUUAAAUAAUAACAAUAAUCAUCAUCCUAAUAAUCAACAAUCACCUGUAUAUAUACAUAAUAAUAAUCAACAACUGAUGAUUCCAAUCAAAUCAUCAAUUGCACCACAAUUAACGUUAAUAACCUAUUUUAAAUUAUCGGUAUUGCCAACACGAGAUCACAACAUACCAACACUUUUCCAACUACUUUCAAGAAUGCCAAAUCUAAAGACACUAUUACUCCAAAUUUUUGAUUUGAAUGUAUACCAACACACCAACAAGUUUAACGGCGACCUAUUACGUUACUUGGUAUUGUGUGAUCAAGAACACAGACAAUUACGUCGUCUAUCAUCUUCACUCGAUAUUGACAGUAACCAUAUGCUGUCUGCACUAAAGUCUUCGACGACACUCCAACGAAUAUCAAUCAACUUUUCCAAAUACUCUCUACCCAACCAAUGCCUCCGACUCAACCAUUCAUUUAAACCACAACUCUAUCGAUUGGAUCUAUUUAAACUUCCACAACACGAAUUACUCGUCUACGAUCUACUCAACAGCAACCCACAUUUGCGAUGCUUCACCGUACGUAAUUGCAAUACCAUGACCGACACGAUGGCACAAGUUAUCCAUAAACACAUUGCACGACCAGACACUCAACUUGCCUACUUUAAGUUGAAAUCCGUUCCCUAUAUGAAAUGGUCACUUGUCCAAAUGCACAAAUCACUAAAGACAUCGAAAUCAAUAAGAGAAGUCAAGAUACAAAUAUUUUUCCCCCAUUCUACUCCUACUCUCCAGAUGAGACAAGAGUUAUUCAAACCAGCAGACCUAUUCACCAAAAAACAAUUACCCAACAUUGAUAUUUUAAUUCAAUCUUCAUCCGAUUACCAUGAACUUCAAAAUAUCUUUCAACAACAAUCAACUUUUAUUUAUUAA